GGAAAUAUAUAUAUUGUGAAUUUGAUAGAGACCACUUACUUUCAAAGUACACUCAAGAGAAAAUGGGAGUCCGAACCGUAUUGCUUGUAAUCUGCCUCGGGGCAGCCAUGGCUGUACCAGCCACCGAUAGGAUCGUAGGUGGCCAGAUUACAACGGUGACGUCAUAUCCGGAAAUAGCUUCUCUGGCACGCCGUUACCUCUUGCUGUUUUACCUUCAUUCAUGUGGUGGCACCAUAUUGACUACUAAAUCUAUUAUGACGGCUGCUCAUUGCGUUUAUGGAGACCAACCAGCGGACUGGCGGAUUCGCGUCGGUUCCACGUACUCAAACAGCGGUGGCUCUGUAUAUAAUAUUGAGUCGAUUACCAUCCAUCCGACGUACGAUAGGCCCACGUUUAACAACGACGUGGCGAUCAUGCGGACCCAGGGUUACAUAACCUACGGGAAUUUGGUGCAGCCUGGCUCCAUAGCGGGCGCCAACUUUGCCGUCGCCGACAACAGCACAGUCGUUGCAGCUGGCUGGGGAUCUACUACCAACGGAGGUGCUGUAGUGAGCCAACUUCGUCACGUGGCAUUGAGGACGGUGAAUCAAAUGGUUUGCGCGUUGAGGUACAACAGCAUCGAGAAGAUGGUCAAUGAGAACAUGCUGUGCGCUGGCUGGUUGAACGUAGGGGGUAAAGACACCUGCCAGGGCGAUUCUGGAGGUCCCCUGUACUAUGGCAGGGUGGUAGUGGGAAUAACAUCGUGGGGGGCCCAGUGCGCGGCGCCUGAGUUUCCUGGGGUGUACACUCGCGUUCCGCGUUUCACAUCUUGGGUUCAAGCCAACGCUUAAAUAUGUCUAAAAAUGUGUUUGAUGGGUGAAAUAAAAAUAAGUUUAAAUGAAAUAAGAGUA